GCCAUCUACGAAACAGUUCUUAUUUUAUCUUUUCGGAAUGUGUGAAGUUGGUUUGUGUUUUGGUGAAUACUUUACACUUGUUCCCGCCAAUACAGACAAAAGAAGUUCCUAUACUCCUAUUUUACUGGCCUCAGCUGAGACUAUUCUUUACUGUGCUGCUCUGUGUGACGUGACUCCUUCUUGUUACAGUUUUACGUUUUCUAAGAAUACGUCGACGGACAAUUGCCGUUUGCUUUCAUCAUCAGCAACAUCUGCAGUUUUUACCAUCAGUGAGCCUGGAAGUAAACAUUAUAAAAGAUUAAUUGACUGUAGUAAAUGUUUCGUCAACUACACCUUGUCAAUGGACAAUUCUUAUGACUGUGUGCUUCAACAGGAAUCAGAGGAUCCCGAUGGCUGGAUAAAGGGCAACUCCAAUUUUGUAUUACACGGAAAUGAUAGGGAGUUUGUAGCCACCACAAAUGGAUGUAAUACCACCCCUAAAUACCAGUGCUUGAUCUUCUACUGGUACUCUACUGGUCCAGCCCAACUGAAAGUGACAGCAGGCUCGGGAAAUUCUCAAACUACGUAUUUCACCCAGAUUGUUUCGGAAGGCACAACCGUUAGCUAUCAAUUAAAGCAAAUAGAUAUAGAACCAUCAUACAGUUCUUUGAUUCGCUUUGUUGGAUUCAAAACAAGAGACUCAGCAAAUAGAGCAUACCCGCUGGGAAUAUACUUGGCUAAAAUGGUGGAUUGUCCAUGUAAGUAG